CUCGUGCUAUCGGCUUCUCGUCUCGUGCUAUCGGCUUCUCGUCUCGUGCUAUCGCCUUCUCGUCUCAUGCUAUCGGCUUCUCGGAUCCUGCUAUCGGCUUCUCGUCUCGUGCUAUCGCCUUCUCGUCCCAUGCUAUCGGCUUCUCGGAUCCUGCUAUCGGCUUCUCGUCUCGUGCUAUCGCCUUCUCGUCUCAUACUAUCGGCUUCUCGUCUCGUGCUAUUGGCUUCUCGGCUCAUGAUAUCGGCUUCUCGUCUCGUGCUAUCGCCUUCUCGGCUCUUGCUUUCGGCUUCUCGUCUCAUGCUAUCGGCUUCUCGUAUCGUGCUAUCGGCUUCUCGGCUCAUGUUAUCGCCUUCUCGUCUUGUGAUCGCGUUAUCGCGAUUUCAAGACCGAUAUUGUAGUCGAUAAAGCGAUGUCCCUUCUCGGCUACCAUAGUUUUCUUAUAUUAAUUGUAACAGGUUGUUAGAAUAUGGAAUAUUAUUAAAUGUAUCAAUUGACAGAGAUUAAAGGAAACCUAAAUAAUUAAUUAAACAUGAUGCAAGAAUACACAAAAUGAUUAAAAGUAUCACAUUACAGAGUUUUUAGGUGCCUGAAUACAAGAGACGACGUCAUCUGGCUUUACUAUAUGAGUCGAGAAGUUGUCUUUGGCCCAACACUUGAGUGCGUUGGAGAUCUCAUGCUGAGUACGAAACAUACUUCAGACGUCGAAUCACAAACUUACACAGCCAUGAACAGAGGAAAGUUUGAACGGGAAGACUACCUGAAGUAUUUUGAUUCAGCAGCAUACCUGAAGACGUUUCACUCUGAUAUUAAAGGCAGCGAAAAGGAAGGGGACCUGAUGCCAUGGAAGAUGAAGAAUUUUCAUGACGUUUUUGCAGAAGGGAAGGUGAAUGGCCGGCGACUGCUCGACAUCGGAACAGGCCCCACAAUACACAGUGUGAUCAGCGCCUCCAACUGCUGUGACACCAUCUACCUGUCUGACUUGGCUCCCCAGAACAGGGAGACGCUGAGGAAAUGGCUGGAGGGGACUCUGCAGCACAGCUUCAGGAGCUUCUUCCAAUAUGUGGUCGACAGAGAAGGGAAAGGGACUUCAUGGACACAUCGGGAAGAUGAACUGAGGACAAAGAUCGGUGGCAUCCUGCCUAUUGACCUUCUGGAAGAGGACCCCAUGGCGCCAUGCUCCUUUCCAAGGUUCGACAUAGUAACGACAUCACUUUGUCUUGAUUCCGUUGCCCUAGACCACGUAGGUUACGGGUAUGCAUCCAGAAAGAUAACGAAUUUGUUGAAGAUAGGAGGUUUUCUGAUUGUAUUCGGACUGUAUGGAGCAAGCACAUACACAGUAGGCGAGCAUGUGUUCAGGAGCUGUCUUGUCACUACUGGAGAAGUGAAGGAUGUAUGGACACACUGUGGGUUUGAAAUUGUAGACUGGAGGGAAGAGAAGAACAUGGAGAACACGGAGAAAACAGGGUCUGGUAUUGAAGGCUUCUUUCUCAUGACUGCUAAGAGGGUGCGUUAAGGAUAUUUACCUUUAUUUGUCAAGUUGUUUGUUGUUUUACACCAUACUCAGAAACUGUCCACUUAUUUCAAGGCGGUCUGUAAAUAAUCGUGCCUGGGCCAUUCAAACCAGUGAUUGAUAUUAUAAUAUACAUGUCUCGAUUAACGUCAUGCGUGAGCAUUCCGGGAAAGAUGCGAGUCGUGACGAAUGGA